GCUCAAUCAUCACUCGCCACGUCUCGAAAAUAGUCCUCAACCUGUUCAUUUUUUUUUUACGUCAAACUUCAAAACCAGGAGGACUAGCUUCAGAAAUCUGAGAGAGUAGCUUCGCUACCUAAGCUAUCUUCUAAACGAGGUAACUAGCUUCUACCACAAGGAGAAGCAAUUCAUCUCUUACCGUAGUUUCUGCUAAAACUACAACACUCCAACAAAAUGCUGAUCGACUGCCCAGCUCCGGACUUCGACUGCACGGCCUGCAUGCCGGACAAUAGCUUCGCGAAUGUCAAGCUUUCCGAUUACAAGGGCAAAUACGUCAUUCUCUUCUUCUGGCCAGCUGAUUUUACUUACGGCGGAAAUAAAUGAUUCAUUUCUUCCAACGGUCAUUUUCUUCCGUUUCCUUCUUGAGAAUUAUCUGAAUAAGUGACCAGUCAAGAUGGAACGAAAGACUUGUUUUUACUUGUAAAGAUGGACGAAUUCACGUCUGCCAGUUUUCCUGGUAGGCCCACACCUAACCUAACCUAACUUGUAAGGUGAACAAAGUCGUGAACAUCAUCAGUUGUCAACUUGGUAAAAACGUGCUCUAAUUUCCGUUCGUCUGCGCCUCUGAGGUUCCAGGAUUCGACAAGCUGUUGCCAGAAUUUGAAGCACGCAACUGCGCCAUCCUCGGUUGCUCCACCGACACCCAUCACGCCCACAAGGGAUGGAAGCUGUUGCCAGCGGAACUCGGUGGCAUCGGACCAAUCAAGUAUCCCAUGUUAUGGCUUCCCUUGCUUGUUGUCUAACUGUAGAUGUAGCUAGUUAGUACUGUAACACUAAAUAAAACCCCAACUACAUGCAGCUUGUUGUCGUGAAAAUAGAGGGAACAAAUAGAAUAUCGCCAAUCAACAUGUUAUUUCCACUUCGAAGAGUCUUCUAGUGCCUGUUGUUAUUUCCACUUGUCCUCCGAGUCUUCUCUUCUGUUAAUAUCUAUGGACCUUCUGUUAAUGUCUAUGGACCUUCUGUUAAUAUCUAUGGACCACGAAUGAAACGUCUGCAUCACAUUAAAUCUUCAUCGCCCUUCUGAAGGAUAAUCAAGGAUAACCAUGAUCCUCUAAUCUCAAUCGGCGACAAGUCCAAGGAAAUCGCAGCUGCCUACGACGUGUUGCAAGCGGAUGGGUUGUGCGCUCGCGGUGUUUUUUUGAUCGACAAGACUGGUGUCGUUCGCGCUGAGCAUAAGAACUGUGACCCGUUGGGACGUAACUUAGAUUUAUGAAGGUGUUUCGAGUGUAUUAGAUUAGUGUUAGUUAAGGACCUAAUAAAGAUUAACUAAUCCACUAUCGUCUAGAAUAACUGCAUUAUGAAGGCUUCUGAUGAUGAACUUGGCCUAACACUAUGAUACUUUGCCAAAAGAUAAGCGGGAUGAGAAUAUUGAAGGAAUAGCCUAGUCUUAGUGGGCUGGAGUUUCUGGAUUUCUGUAGCAGUUCUGACGUAGGUAGGUAAUCUAGAAGUUAGGUCUGACGUAGUUGUAGUACGAAAACUUUUGGUUUUGGCCUGUGGCACAUUCGCAGUCAAUAGUGUUUAAUCCAAGACAUGAUACUUUCCAACUGGUUCCCCUCACAAGUAGACACUAAUAGCUAGAUAAGAGGCGCCAUGACAUGACAGGAUGUUAUUUAGCAUGAUCCAUCAAUCAUGUACGAAUUUACCUAGUACAACUGUGCUUUCGUCCCACCCACUUGUCCUCAUGUUAUUUAGCAUGAUCCAUCAAUCAUGUACGAAUUUGCCUAGUACUGUGCUUUCGUCCCACCCACUUGUCCUCUGCCUCCGUCGCCCACUUGUCCUCUGCCUCAACCACUUCCCUUCCCCUCCUUUCAUCUUUCGAGCCUCUCCGUUUACUCGAUGGUCUGAUCUUCCACGAGAAGUCUAUUGCAGAUGGAAACAAGCAGGUGUGCCCAGCAUCCUGGAAGUUGGGUAAGAAGGGCCUCACCCCCACGAUGGAGGGCGUCGGUGCCUUCAACAAGGAAGGUGGCGUCGCGAACUACGUGCAAUAA